AUGGGCAGUAAAGCUCAGGCCGAACCGAGCAGCGUGCAUGCGGAACACAUAGCUGAUAUAGCAUCAGAGACACAUGAUGAGGAUCAUGUCGAGUCAGGGUGGAAGCCGGGGAGGCAGCCCGAUGGAGACACUGCGAUGGCUCUCUUCAAUGAUCCGGAUGCUCUUCAUGAAGACAUUGACCCAGUGGAGGCAAAAAAGCUGCUUUGGAAGAUUGACUUGAUGAUCCUUCCUUAUCUGGCUGUUUGCUAUGCUUUUUUCUACAUCGACAAGACUACGCUCAGUUAUGCUGCGAUCUUCGGUAUACAGGAGGAUCUCCAUCUUCAUGGGACACAGUAUAGUUGGCUUUCCAGUGUAUUUUACUUUGGGUUUCUCGCAUGGGCAUUUCCUACCAAUUUCCUUAUGCAACGCCUACCUAUAGGAAAAUACCUUGGUGUCAACAUCUUCAUGUGGGGUGUCUUCCUCAUCAUUCAAGCAGCCUGUCACAGUUUUGCCACUUUGGCUGUCUUACGAGCUCUAGGAGGUGCAGCUGAAGCUUGCGCGGACCCGGCUUUUAUGCUCAUAACAAGCAUGUGGUACACGAGGCGAGAGCAGCCGGUGCGGAUCGGAUUAUGGUAUACGGCCAACGGCUUAGGAAUUGCACUUGGUGGCCUACUGGGAUACGGAAUCGGUCACAUCAGAGGCGCUCUUCCUUCAUGGAAAUACGAGUUCAUUGUGAUCGGCUGUCUUUGCUCAGCUUGGGGUAUCGUGAUGUUCAUUUUUCUGCCUGACUCGCCUGUGACAGCGCCUCUUCUCAGCAAGCGAGAGCGACGUAUUGCAGUAGAGCGACUAAGAGAAAACCAGACUGGUGUUGAAAACAAGCAUAUCAUAUUACACCAGAUUCGAGAGGCUUUCCUGGACUACAAACUCUACAUCUUUUUCACCUUGGGUCUAGUCUGCAACAUACCCAAUGGCGGGAUCUCCAACUUUGGCACUCUCAUCAUCAAGGGCUUUGGAUUCUCGACUCUCGUAACAACUCUGAUGCAGAUUCCCUACGGAGUCCUGAUAGCGAUUUCCAUUCUGGCCUGUGUAUACCUCAACGACCGAUUCGAGAACCGGCGCUGCCUAUUCAUUAAAGUCGGCCGUCUGAUCUGCUACUAUCUGACCGGUCCAUACAAUGCAGCCUUCGUCCUGAUUCUCAGCAUGCAGAUUGCCAACACAGCAGGCCAUACCAAGAAAGUCGUCACGAACGCCGUGCUCUUUCUGGGCUACUGCACCGGGAACAUCGCAGGCCCGUUCUUUUACAAGACACAUCAAGCCCCAACGUACGAGCUCGGGAUCUGGUCUAUGAUAGUCUGUCAUCUACUGGAAGUCGUCCUGAUCUCCGUGCUCGGUUUCCUGCUUCGAUGGGAGAACCAAAGACGCGAUCGGAUCCAGUCGCAGACUGAGGGAGGCUUGGAGGGUAGAGACCUGGACUCUACUGCUUUCUUGGACUUGACGGACAGGGAGAAUAUGAAGUAUUUUUGGUGUUUAUGCUACCAUGUUUGCAAUUGCUGA